GACAUCCAGGGCGGGGAGUAUAUUCCAGCUCUAUGCCGCCAGAAUGGCUAAUUUCAGAACUGUCCAUCAAGUCCACAACCUCUGCCCCUUUCUUAAAGCUCCGGCCAGACCUAGCAAAGGCCGUCCUUUCAAGUCCUCACCCACCCAUUCCUUCGUCUACCAACCCAAGGGGCAACGAUGUGACCUCUCAAUUCUCUCCUUUUUUGCUUUUGCUGGUCUCUUCAGCAUUCUCUCUUUUAACCCGUACCCUUUUCUUUCACUCAUUAGCUCCCUUUUACUCAGUCUCGGCCGCAAUCUACCAGGAGUAGAACUACUCAACCUACGUCCUUGGUAAGCCGAAUCCGUAACAAGAUGGAACAUCCACUAAAGCGUUACACCUCCAGGCUCGGCAACAAUAGAAGUACUAAACACCUCGUGGAGAAAAUACCCGGCUUGCUCAAGCGCCUCGAGGAGCUCGAUAUCGCACAACGCCAAAAAGAUUUGGCCCAGCUAACGAAGCCGCAAUCACAAUCUAACACGGGCGUCCCAUCAGCAACCAGGUCACUCAGGAAUAAAGGAUCCCAAGAGUCUCUCAGAUCGCGCGAUGAGCCGGAAGCACACCCGAGAGAAGCUACUCCGCAACCGGAGGUAGCCCCGAUGAUUACCAGCGCAGCUCCCGCCGCUGGUGAACAGCCCGCGCAGGGUAGCCCAUCAGAACUUCAAUCACCCUCAGCCAUUGCACGCCAGGCCCGCGCAGCUGGGCAGGCUCGGGCACGAAAGCAAAAACGUUCCGACUCGGUCAUCAGUGCCGAAGGGCCCGCACCUAAGUGCCCGGCGCGGAGCAUAAUUAUUGUUUACUACGAUAGCUACGUACAGGCCUUCUUCGAGGAGCUUAUAAAUUUCACCAGCGCCAGCCUUAAUAUGUUACGAAAAGCGAAGAUUGCCGCCAAGGUGGCGCAGAUGCGGCUGGCCGAACUUGAUGAAGAUGAAGCGGAGCCCAGCACACUCAGCCCUACAGACGACUCCAUCGCUCCGCUCGAAGCUGCAUCAACUGUUACGGGUAAAGCGGAAGAGAAAAUACCCAGCUUGCGAUACAUGAUCUCGAUACUUAUGCAAUCACAAGGCCUACUCCUCGUGGCGCAGGUUACUCGUAGCCGGAAAGGGUAAUGGUAGGGGUUUUCCCCCAAAAAUCUCACGAUGCUCAUUGACCCGGUCCAGCAGCUAGUCGAAGCCUUCCUGCUGUUCGUUAUUCAUCAGGCCGAAGGCACAGCUGAAGCACUGGCCUAGGUUGUUAACGCUGACGACUUAGAAGAAUGCCAGCGUUCGUUUUGAACGUG